UACUAGUCGAGGUCGAUUCACGGCCAAACCGUUCUCGCGUUACACCUGCGUCGUCGUCUCGUCGUUGAAGCACCUGCACCAAUAGCGUUCCACGGAUUUUGAAGAAGACAACACUUCUUGCACACCACGUGGUGAUCCGCGUACACUACGCUUAUUCCCCCUUACUAUUCAAAACAUCAAUAAACCCCACCAAUAUGACUUUUUUAUUGUUUUCGUGACCAAUUUCUCUUUGUUAUUAUUGUGAUUAAAAAAAAAUCAUUCCAGUGGUGUGAUUGGUUCGAAAGGAAUUCGAAUGGACAGGUGACAGUUUAAAGAGUGACGUAACCCCAACUAGAAGGUGAUAUCUACACUUCCGUUUUGUUUUUGUGGCAAUGAUUUUAAGACAAAAUUAAUUUCCCCCAAAAAAAAUGUGUGUUAUAAACAAAGUUAUAAUCACAUCGCAAUUAAGACUUUGAUAACUUUUGAGUUAUGGAUACUGAGACUCCCGUUGUAUGGCCAGCUUGGUGUUACGCAGGUAGGAGACACAACCAUAUCAGAUAACACCCUGGAGAGUCCAUCUCCGCCGAAAUCGGCGAGGCGAAGAAGAACCACCGAUAGAGGGGUCACCAUGAUGACUUCAUCAGCUGAUUUUAGCAUAAACAACAACAACAAUCACGUUAAGAACGAAAGGUUGAGCCCUGGAACCCCGGAUAACUCAUCAUCUCGAUCGAGAUCAGUUACCCCAUCAUCCGCGAGCCACCCAGACACUCCCCCAGCCGAAACCAACCCUUUAUUAGUCGGUGGAAGAAAUUACAGCGAUUUCAUGCGAAGUUUAGCCGCUAAAUACAACAACUCCGGUCCAAAUGAUUAUUUUACGUCGGCAAGAAAUGGAUUUCACCCCCCUUUAGAUCCUAGAUUCAAAACAACCCCAUUUCCGUCAUUAUUACCGUUAACAGCUCAACCCCCAACUUCCAAAGACGAAUCCGCGAAAAAAACCGAUUUUUCCUCAAUACUCCAUUCUAGUUUUCCCCCAAACAACAUGUUCCCCCAUUUUAUCGACAUGUCCACGACGCAAGCUCUCAUAGCGAUGGCGCGUACUGCAAAAGACGCGGAAAUCCAGGGAUUAUUAAAAAACGCGAAACGAUCCGAUCCUUCAUCCCCGCUCGAUUUAUCACCAGCCGCUCCGCAACCUGCGAAAAAACCGCGAUUAAAACCGAUUUCUUUGAGUGACGCAAACACCGUAACGCCGUCGAAUAAUAAAAUCGAAAAUUCUGAGAGUCCGCAUAACUUGCAUGAAGAUAUUUCCGGGUGGAGUGUUGAAGAUGUUUAUGGUUUCGUUAGUGGGAUUGAUAUUUGCGCGGAAUAUGCCCAGAAUUUUAAGGAUCAACGGAUAGAUGGCGCGGGGCUUCCCUUGUUAACGGAGGACCAUCUAACGACGACGAUGGGAAUGAAACUUGGGCCUGCUUUAAAAUUAAAAUCGAUUUUGGCGAAAAAGCUGGGUUCCUGCAGCGUUUGCUUGCAUUGCACUCAUUGCCACAAUAAUUCUUCAACGUUACAAGAGGCUUCGUCAACCGGGAAUAGUUCCGAUUCGAAUGGGACAAAACUCGAGUCGGAAUAAAAUUUUUUAUGUUUAUUUAUUUUUAUUUUGUUUAUAAAUUAAUUAUUGUAUAUAAUUUA